AUGUUCCACACAUGUGGACCCAAUGAAGCCAUGGUGGUGUCUGGCUUUGGUCGUUCCCCUCCUCUAAUGAUCGCUGGAGGAAGAGUGUUUGUCCUCCCCUGUAUUCAACAGAUCCAGAGGAUCACUCUGAACACCCUGACUCUGAAUGUGAAGAGUGAUAAGGUGUACACCCGUCAUGGAGUGCCCAUCUCUGUCACUGGCAUCGCCCAGGUGAAGAUCCAGGGUCAGAACAAGGAGAUGCUGGCCACGGCCUGUCAGAUGUUCAUGGGGAAGUCUGAGGCUGAGGUCUCCAACAUCGCCCUGGAAACACUGGAGGGGCACCAGAGGGCCAUCAUCGCCCAUCUGACUGUUGAGGAGAUCUACCAGGACCGUAAGAAGUUCUCUGAGCAGGUGUUCAAGGUGGCCUCCUCUGACCUGGUCAACAUGGGCAUCGGCGUGGUCAGCUACACGCUGAAAGACGUUCACGACGACCAGGACUACCUCAAUUCCCUGGGUAAAGCUAGGACAGCUCAGGUGCAGAAGGAUGCCAGGAUCGGAGAGGCUCAGUACAAACGAGACGCGGUGAUCCGUGAGGCCCAGGCCAUGCAGGAGAAGGUGUCGGCCCAGUAUCUGAAUGAGAUCGAGAUGGCCAAAGCCCAGAGGGACUACGAGCUGAAGAAGGCCUCCUACGACUACGAGGUCAACACCAAGAAGGCAGAGUCUGAGAUGGCCUAUCAGCUACAGGUGGCGAAGACGAAGCAGCGGAUUGAGGAGGAGAUGAUGCAGGUGAAGGUGGUGGAGAGGUCUCAGCAGAUCAUGCUCCAGGAGCAGGAGAUCAUCCGCAAGGAGAUGGAGCUGGAGGCCAAGGUGAAGAAGCCUGCUGAGGCAGAGAGAUACCGUCUGGAGAGACUGGCUGAGGCGGAACGUGCACAGCUCAUCAUGGAGGCUGAGGCAGAGGCAGAGUCCAUCAGAAUGAGGGGCGAUGCUGAGGCGUUUGCUCUGGAAGCUAAGGGUCGUGCCGAGGCAGAGCAGAUGGCUAAGAAGGCUGAGGCCUUUAAACAGUACGGGGAGGGAGCCAUGGUGGACAUGCUGCUGGAGAAACUACCACUGAUAGCAGAGGAGAUCAGCAGGCCCCUCUCCAUGGCCCAGAAGGUUACCAUGGUUUCCAGCGGUGGGGGUGAGGUGGGCGCGGCCAAGCUGACCGGAGAGGUUCUGGACAUCAUGACCAGACUACCAGCUGCUGUGGAGAAACUCACUGGAAUCAACAUCUCACAGGUUGGCCUGUCCACCCGAAUGGGCUGAGAAUGGAGCCCAAUGACUGAGACAGUCUGCACCGUCAGACCAGGAACUCCAUACUGCCUCCUUGUGCCUAUAAUUACUAUUACCUAGUGUAGUUGUCUGUCUGUCUGCAUGUCUGUCUGCAUGUCUGUCUGCAUACCUGUCUGCAUGCCUGUGUUAUAGCACGUAGUCUUUCUUAGGGCAUGUCUCAGCACUCUUAUUGGCACUGAUCUGGAAACAGAGGAUGGGUCAAAGCUGUAUGUUAUAGGCCUUCUGUGGGAGUUUGUUUCUCCUGGUCAUUCAUAUUUCUGUUAGUUCAGCUUGGAUGAAGGAAAGGAAAGCACUUUGGACUAGCAUGACACAUCCUUAGUAGUUCUGGUCGUAACUAGCCUCUUUUCCCCGUCCGUUAUUCAGUGUGUUUUAAUCCCUGCUUCAAGCCUGCCUUUCUGUCUCCCUCUAUUACAGGUUUGGGUCCAUAUAAACAGUUCCACUGUCACAUAGUUGUGUUUUAGUUGUAAUUCAUAGAAUGUCAUUUCAUUGGGAUGUGGUUGAGAAAUGAUGUUUUCAUUCUCAGUGCCUUUUUGUUGUUCACAGGAAAUAAUCGUGUCAGUAGGAGGUCAUCCAUUUCAUUGUUGGGUUUGUCAGCUGAUUGUUUUGUCAACAUUUGCAGUUGUUCUAUAAGGUAGUCUGUCUUGUUCGGAGCAUGGUUGGCUAGCUAGUUGCUAUCAAUUGCUUUGCAAAUGAAGAAGAAAUGCUCUUUACUUUCACUGUGGACGUAUCUUUUUUUUUUAUAGCUAAUUGUAGUCCUGGUAGUCAUGUUAUUAAACAUGUUCUACCCGCUUGUGGAUUCUAGUACCUCUGUCUACCACCUUAUGGACAAAGUGGUUAUCCACUAUGUGCUCCCCUGACAGUAGAUCCUAGAUCAGGCUACUGAUAUCUCUAAGAUGACCCUCUAGAAUGGCCAGUGCCUUGUGUUUUAAAGUCUAAUUCAUCAUAUCAAUACAAGCCAUAUUACAGUAGAAACCAAGUUGCAUGCAGAUAAGGCUGAUUUGUGGGCUUUUUGCCAUGACUCUGCCAUGUGUGUGGGAUGAAAUCACAAACUAUAUGAUGGGUUGGCACUAAACCUCUUCUCUCUGUUGGUACAAUGGAGUACUGAAUUUGAUGGUACCUAAUCAUCUAAUUUUCCAAAGCAAAAAAAAUCAAGGAACUACAGAUUCUCUUACUAUAGUGUUUAUCCAACAGAUUGUCAUGUACACCAUUAUGGCUUAGUUCCAGUGUGUUUCUAAACCCUAGACUUAUUAGACAGACAGGCCUUAGAUCAGAGCUUCUGCUGUGCUAGAACUGCAUAAAGGUGGAGAUUUUCUGUGAAGUGAUUGGAAGGAAGAGGGAGGGAGCAGACUGGGGUUUUUCUGCUGAAGACUAACCUCAGAGGUAGGAUUUAUCUAGGUCAGGUGUACUGUCAGUCACGUGGUGCCUGGUGGAUGUGCUGUUUGAGGUGAAGUUAUGUGUGUAGGAGAGGGGAAUGGAGAAACUAGCCUGGGUGCCAGUCUGUUUCUGUUCUCUUAAACAAUGUUUCUGCUCUCCUUAACAAUGUCAAUGGAACGGGCAAAAGCACAACCAGACCUGGGACCAGGCUACAGACACUACUAUAGUGGAGUCCCAUGUAUGGUCCAGUGGGGUAGACAUGCACCUUCUGUAGACGAUAUACAUUUUAAUCAGACGUGUUGAUUAAUCAGGAGCUAUCCUUUUGUAUCGUAAUCUUAUCAUUAGACUGAUCUAUUUUUCCAGAUGUUCUAUGUGGUGCUGAUCACAUCCCUGUUUGAUCCUUUUUGUAGUAUAGGGUUUGUUGUUAGGGACUGGUUCUAUACCAUAGAAAUAGAAUCCUUCUAUGUUCUAUACCACCGCUCAGGAUUCUAGAAGCUACUUCUCUCUAGCUGAUUGUAUUCCCCAAAGCUUACAUGCUCUCUGGCUGUCUAUGCAUUUUGUUACCGCCAAGUGCCUGACUAAGUUGAAAGAUUCCCAUUUUUCUCUCAACCUAAAGGCUAAACUAUCACCCCACGUUAAACAUUGUAACAACCUAUAGAGGCAUGCUAUGUCCUAAAGAUAUUAAUGAAAGCCAAUUUCGCCAAACCAAUACUACUGCUUUCACUUAUGCACACACCUGUAUAUUACGUCAUAAUGUCAAUGAUUUGUGACUUUUAACAUUUUUCUGUACUGUAGCUGCUCUUAGUUAAAUAUGAUUUCUGUGAUUGUAUUUCCGUCUAUGCGUUGUUGACAUGCCAAGAUAAUGCCUGGCCUUCCAUGUACAGUGGCUUGCGAAAGUAUUCACCCCCUUGACAUUUUUCCUAUUUUGUUGCCUUACAAUCUGGAAUUAAAAUAGAUUUUUUUUGG